UUUUCAUAAUGAUUUUGCAUUUGUCACCAGUUGGAUAGCUAGGGCCAUAGACAACAAGAUAGGUGACAGUUACCGAGAUUGUGAAGUUCACAAGUUAAGUAGAUACCACAGCAAAGUGAGAAUGGUGACUAACGAGGACCAGAAGGUUCCAUCAUCUGCAUUGUUCAACCUGUUACAAUCAAGUCCGAAAGUUACGGAACGCAACACCAGCGGGCUGAUCCCAGAUUUACCCUAUAUGAAUGAAGAACCAAUGUCUGUGGACAGUAGACAGGUGCUCCCUGACAUUGACUGCCUUUUCAAUGACAUUCGCAUAAACAAUGAGGCAAAAAGGUGCAUAAAAGUAGAAAUUCCAAAUGAUUCCGAAUACAGUGCAUUCCAAUUGGAGGAGAGCAAUCUUUUGGACCUGGACCAGCCUCUCCAGGGUGAUGAAGUAACUUUCUAUGACGAGUCCUCCUUGUAUCUUAACACUAACGUGAAAGUUAAAACAGAAGUGCAAUACUACAACACAACAGACGACAUCGCAGCAGACGAGAAAUUUCAGCUGCAAAGAAUGGAAUCGAUGGUGUUUGAGCAAGUCAGUAAAGACAUUGAAUUCGCCUGCAAAAUCUUAGAUAUACCUGAAGACCCAUCAUGCUGGACGGUAGAUAAUGUUCAGAAGUGGGCAGUGUGGACGCUGAAGCAGUACAAUCUCCUCUCGUAUCACGCGGAGAGUUUUCGGUUGCCAGGGAGCACGUUACAAGCCAUGACAGAGGCCGACUUCGCCAGACAUUCCCCCCAAGCGGGACCAACCCUAUACGCUCAGUUAGAAAUAUGGAAAAAUGCUUUCAAGUGCAAUAUGUCGUCGAGCUCAAGCACGGCAUCUCUGUCCCCUUCUUAUUAUCCCAGCUACUGUGGACCUCUGGUGACAGAUUUUGGUACUAUGCAGUCCACUUCCCAAGACCCGUUCCUGGGUAGUGUCCCUGAACGCCACACGGUGUCUCCCCACCCAAGCGAGGACAGCCUGGACAGCCAUGGCAGCUCAUACUGCUCCACUGAUGUGGGAUUUUCCUCAGAUAAAGGCGUUGAAACGACCUCUAGCGGAAGACACACCAUUCAUUUGUGGCAGUUUUUGAAAGAGUUGCUCAUGGAGCCUGGUUGCUAUGGCAACUGCAUAAGAUGGGUGGACCGAUCAAAAGGUAUUUUUAAGAUUGAGGAUUCCGUCAAGGUAGCGCGUCUGUGGGGGAAACGCAAGAACAGACCAGCAAUGAACUACGACAAACUGAGCAGAUCUAUUCGUCAGUAUUACAAGAAAAGAAUUAUUAGGAAAACUGAACACUCCAAGAGACUGGUAUACCAAUUUUGCCCAGGCUAUUUGUAAACUUUACAGUGACAUUUCCAGAACUAUAUAUACCAGUUCUGCUCUGAUAAUUCAACCGUGACGCAGAAGGAAGUGGGCGUGAACCCAGCCAUUGCCCCCACGGUACCAGAACUGACCAGGGAGGUAUGAGGACCAUCCUAUGCACUUUACAGACCCCCCAUCCCCCAGGGGAGGAGCAACCACUGUUGUCUUAUGUCUCAAUUGUCACUCAUAAGUAAGGAAAGUAGGGGGAGAUCUGAUCAAAGAAAAAAGGAAACUAGUUUGUUUUAAAUGCCAAAGACAUCUUUACGCUAAUUAAAUUGGGCAUAAUUAAGCUCCUAGUGACCAAGGCUUGUGCAGGUUACCAACCACCUGCCUGGCUACAAAUGUCUGGUGCUUUUUUAAAAGAUUUAAAAGAUUUUUAAAAAGAUUUAAUGCAUAUAGAUGAGACACAAGAACAAGAUGUAGGGAAAUGAUCUCGAAGAGCUAUUUUUAUAAAGAGAAUUCUUGUUUUGAUAUGCAAAAUAUUCAAGUGCCAUUUAUCUUUGUACAAUAUGUAGAUAUCAAUUCCUGUCGACCAUGUGCGCCCAUAUUUUAAAAUCAUUACAGCAUUAAUUCUACUUCGUUGAUCCGCACAAGUCGCGUACAAUCACUGUAAAAGCUGUAUACAUGUACAUAGUGUAUCUAUAUUGUAAAAAUUGUAUUUUUUAUGACGAAGACACCAAAGACAAUUUGAUGGCCAAGAUGCAAAAAGAAACGAGAUGCGUCAUGUAUUAUAUUUCAAAGAUAUGUUCCGUAUUGCAUCAAGCUGUAUCCACGACUUACUCGAUCACCAGAUCGUUUUUUAAAGCAAUAAAAGAACAAGUUCACAGAAAUGGA